AUGAGUUGGACACACAAAGCCAACAAGGCCAUAGCCCAAUCGGCAUUUGGCAGGUACUUCAGAUUGGAGGGAUCUGGUCAUCUGAUAGCCUUCAUACAGCACAUGUCGCGUAAUGGAUCCUUCUUCUUCACCGAAGUCCGCGCCGGACUCGCUACCUUCUUCGCCAUGGCAUACAUUAUUGCCGUCAACUCGAGCGUCGUCUCAGAUACCGGCGGUACCUGUGUCUGCCCUCCUACCUCUCUCGAUGCCUGCGCAACCGAUAUCACGUACAACCUUUGCAAGCAAGAGAUCCGUCGUGACCUUGUUACUGCUACCGCUGCUAUCUCUGCCUUGACCUCGUUCUGCAUGGGUUUGUUCGCCAACCUGCCUCUGGGUCUGGCACCUGGUAUGGGUAUCAACGCAUACUUCACCUACACUGUCGUUGGUUUCAACGGUACCGGUCUUGUCCCUUACAGAAUCGCCCUUACCGCCGUCUUCGUAGAAGGUCUUUUGUUCGUCGCUCUUACAAUCCUCGGUAUUCGUCAAUGGCUUGCUCGCGCCAUUCCCGCAUCCAUCAAGCUUGCUACAGGUGUCGGUAUUGGUCUCUACCUCACCAUCAUUGGUUUCAGUUACAGCGCUGGUAUUGGUCUUAUCACUGGUGCCUCCAGCACACCUCUCGAAAUUGCUGGAUGCUCUCAGCAGUACCUGACAGAGAACGAUGGCCUGAUGUGCGACCCCAGCUACAAGAUGAGAUCGCCCACCAUGUGGAUUGGUAUCUUCUGCGGUGGUUUCUUGACUGUCUUCCUCAUGAUGUUCCGCGUCAAGGGUGCAAUCAUUGCUGGUAUCUUGCUCGUCUCCAUCAUCUCCUGGCCUCGUGGCACCGACGUCACUUACUUCCCUCACACCGAGCUCGGCGACAGCAACUUCGACUUCUUCAAGAACGUCGUUACUUUCCGCCCGAUCAAGAACAUUCUUGCUGCUCAAGAAUGGGAUGUCAGCUCCCACGGUGGUCAAUUCGGUCUUGCUCUGAUCACUUUCCUCUACGUCGAUAUUCUGGACUGCACUGGUACUCUCUAUGCUAUGGCUCGCUUCGCUGGUGUCAUGGAUGAGAAGACUCAGGACUUCGAGGGUAGUGCUACUGCCUACUUGGUCGAUGCUGUCGGUAUCUCUAUCGGCUCGCUGUUCGGUACCUCGCCUGUUACUGCAUUCAUUGAGUCUGGUGCUGGUAUUUCUGAGGGCGGUAAGACUGGUAUUGCCGCCAUGGUCACCGGUAUCUGCUUCUUCAUUUCCGUCUUCUUCGCCCCUAUCUUUGCCUCCAUUCCCCCAUGGGCUACUGGAUGUACUCUUGUCAUCAUUGGUUCUUUGAUGGCCAAGGCAGCUGCUGACAUCAACUGGAGAUACAUGGGUGAUGCCAUUCCCGCUUUCCUCACCAUCGCCAUCAUGCCUUUCACCUACUCCAUCGCUUAUGGUCUUAUCGCUGGUAUCAUGUCUUACAUCCUCAUCAACACCACCGUCUGGCUCGUCGAGAAGGCUUCUGGUGGCAAGAUUGUUCCCAUGGACAAGCAAUUCAAGGAACCUUGGACUUGGAAGAUGGACGGCGGUCUCUUCCCCCCAUGGCUCGUCCGUGCCGCAAGUGGAAAGAAGGACUUCUGGAAGCCCCACGAGAUGGUCGAUCAUGCAAGCAGCGAGCACGAGUCUGUCACUGAGGUGCCCAGCUCUGGUGUCGCAAAGGGUCUUGGUCCGGAAGAGGGAAGCAGUGCCAGCAGCAGCAAGGUUUGA